AAUGAGUUAAACGUUCCGCCCCCAUACACUACUACACCACACAACACACCACUCACAAGCAACACUGGCACAUACACCACACCUGAAGACAGCAGUUUCCCCACACACCACACAUUCAUUGGAAACAGCAAAAAACACCACACACACAUCAAUACACGCAGCUGCUAAUCCACCACCGCCCAACGAGCAAAAAGCUUCGUCCUGGAAGCGAACCGACACUUUUCGACUACGAAUCUCGAGCAGUGAUCAUCGGCGGACGUUUUCGUUUAUUGCUUUUUUUCGGCAACGAUUUUGUCAUCUUCGGCGCGCAACUCAACCACCGUUCCAGCAUCUGGAGAUCCUCAGUGCGCAGCAGCGGAACCCACCAAUUAAUUAAUAGUGUUCUUCUGUGGAAUUCUAUGAAUCCACCCGUAAAACUUCCAUUGGUAUCCGACCAGGGAGUCCACAAAUUUUAAUACAUUUUGUUGCAUUCAGUUUAUAUUCACAUUCCACUGGUAUCCGACCAAGGAGUCCACAAAUUUUAAUACAUUUUGUUGCAUUCAUUUUAUAUUCAUAUUCCACUGGUAUCCGACCAGGGAGAUCUUUAUUAUAACGUUUUCAAUAUUUCCAAUAAAAUUGCGAUACAUCUUGAAGUGAAAAAAAAAAAAAAUAAUAUAUUUCGUUCUCAACGGAGUGGGUAGCAGAAGCAAACAUGGACUCAGAAAGCAUGUCAACUCCAACACCAACACUGCGAUCGGCCAUCAGUGUUCCCCGUCCUGGGGUUGUCCCAACAGCGGCACCCCGUACAAUCCCCGCAUCAGCACCGUCAACUGCAGCUCGUCAUGACACACGAGCAGCUGUAACCACACCGGCACCACCAGCGGAGCCUCAUCGCAUACGAUGCCCUCUUUGUCGCCGCCCCCAUCGACUGCAACAUUGUGGGCUCUUCAAGGGCAUGUCACCCAUCCAGCGGCAGCAGGUAGCACAGGCGCAUGGGCACUGCAACAAUUGUCUGGCACACACGCACGCGACUGAGGACUGUGACUCUGGGGCAUUGUGCCAAAUGUGUGGCAGGCAGCAUCACACGCUGCUCCACCGCACCCCAAGACGUGAGGUUGGUCGGCCACCUGCCACUCGCAGACCGCAGCAAUCCAGCCGUGUGCCACGACGCCGAAGACCGCCACCACCACCUGAGUCCCGUCUAUGGCGUCCGCGAAACGCAGUACCCAUCAGGCGCCAUCGUCAAAGGCCACACUACCGGCGCACGUCCGGACUUAGCAACGUUGUGGCAACGUUGCAACAACUCCAGCGAUUGCUAGGCUGAACAUUCGCCUAGGGGGGCCGGGAUGGCUAAAUGAGUUAAACGUUCCGCCCCCAUACACUACUACACCACACAACACACCACUCACAAGCAACACUGGCACAUACACCACACCUGAAGACAGCAGUUUCCCCACA